UCUCAGCUUUUUUGUAUAAAAGCACCAUCAAAUUACUUCUCAGCAUCUAGUUCAUCGAAAGAAAUCGUCUAGAUUGGAAUUAUUUCUUGAAAAACGAUAAUUUAUAAAUCGUAGUCAUGAAAGCAUUUUUGUUUAUCACCACACUUUUGGUUGUGUCCGCUAUUGCUGAAGAAAAACCGAAAGAUGACGAAAAUAACAAAAAAUUCGCCAAACGAGGAGUCUUUGGCUUGGGCUAUGGUGGCGGCGGAUAUUCAUUAGGUUAUGGUGGCGCCGGAUAUUCUCACGGCGGAUACAAUUCGUUUGGCUAUUCAAAUCUUGGCCACACAAAUUAUAUUGCAAGUGCACCACUAGCAGCUACGUAUGUUCAACCACAUACACAUACUGUUGAAACGAAAAUCGUUGCUCAGCCAUAUCCCGUUAUCAAAACUCAAGUGGUUGAAAAACACGUCCCACAACCUUAUCCAGUGGAAGUUAUUAAGCAUGUUGAUCGUCCAUAUCCCUAUCCGGUCGUCAAGACACAAGUGGUUGAAAAGCACGUGCCUUAUCCAGUGGAAGUUAUCAAGCACGUUGAUCGUCCAAUACCUCAACCAUAUCCAGUCUACAAGGAAAUUAUUAAAACGGUAGACCGGCCAGUCCCAAUUGUAAAGACGCAAUUCGUUGAAAAACACGUACCUUAUCCAGUACAAGUUCCACAACCAUAUCCUGUGGUAAAGCACGUUCCACAACCUUAUCCAGUGGAAGUUAUUAAGCACGUUGAUCGUCCAUAUACUAUUUUGCAAACACAAGUUAUUGAUCGACCAGUAGUUGUUGAAAAAGAGAAGGCUUUUCCGGUCUUUCCAGUGGCAGCACACACAGCAGCACCCAUAGCUUAUUCAGGUCACGCAAUUGCCGCAACUCCAGCUCCAUUAAUUGCAUCUACCGUUGCGCCCGUGUAUGGCUCGGCACCUGUUUACUCGUCUCACGGACCACAUCCAAACGUUGAACACAUUGUUUUAGCAGGGGUUUCCCUGUGCUUGAUUUCAAGCGUGUUGGGUGAAAAACAAAAAACAACUGAAAAUGUUGCUGAAAAGAAACAUGAAAAACGUGGAAUUUUCGACGAAGGAUAUGGUGACUUCGGUGGUGGGUUCGGACAUGAUUUCGGAGAAGAUCACCAUCACGUUCAUCACCAUCAUGAAAAGACGAUUGUCGAUGUGAAAAAGAUCCCAGUGCCUGUGGCUCAUGUAAAAACUGUGGCUGUUCCUCAUUAUAAAACUGUUAAAUAUCCAGUAAAAGUGGGAGUGCCUCAUCCUUAUCCAAUUGUAAAACACACACAUUAUCCCGUCAAGGAAAUCGUUAAAGUGCCCCAACACAUUGCAGCACCUUAUCCUGUCGAAAAAAUCCAACACUACACAGUUCAUGUACCCGUCGAUCGGCCAGUGCCAGUUAAGGUAUUCGUGCCGCAACCGUAUCCCGUAGAGAAGGAGGUCCAUGUCAAAGUACCCGUGCACGUACCCACCCCAGUACAUGUCGAAAAAAAAGUUCAUUAUCCAGUAAAAGAAUACAUCGCUGUAGACAGGCCGUAUCCAGUUGAAAAGAUUGUUCAUUAUCCGAUUAAAGAAUAUGUUGAUCGACCCAUUGCAGUACCAGUUGAAAAACCUGUUGCCGUACACGUUGAAAAGAAGGUUCCUGUGACAGUUAUUAAGAAGACAACAUAUCCCGUCCAUGUUCAUGUCGAUAAACCUUAUCCUGUCGAGGUUGCCAAUCCAGUACCUUAUACAGUUAAAGUUCCUCAUGAAGUGCCUGUGCCGGUUGAGAAAACCGUUCACAUCCCUAUCGUCAAAAACGUUCCAUAUCCAGUAAAAGUUCCAGUCGCAAUUCCAAAACCUGUCGAGAUUGAUGUCCAUCAACCAUAUCAUUUGACGAAACCACUUCAUUAUUCGGAAAAAGAGUUUGUCCCUGUGGCGGAACACCAUCACGAACAUCACGAACAUCACGAACAUCACGGAUUUGAACAUCAUGACGGGUAUUAAAGGUGCUGAGAGUUAAUAAAUUUACUCUGAAUUAUUCAAGCAAAACAUACUCGUAUUGUGAUAUUUCAUUGUUUCCGCAAGAAAAUGAGAACAAAUAAUUAUUUAAUAUAAUGUGUUUUUUACAACAAACAAAUUUUGACACAUGCAUAUUGUUCAUUUUCUUUUAAGAUGAACGUAUUACAUCAAAAUAAAUACUCUAGCUAUUCAUUCAGCUGCUGACGUACAUAUAACAUUUAUUUACAUAUGUAAUAAAUACCGUCUUUCAACUUCGAUGUUUAUAGUUAUUAAGUAUCGAGAUCAAAAUUAAAAUAAAAAAUAAAAUAUGACGA